AGCAAGUGGUAAAUUGUUUUAAAGGCGUCUAUAGCAUGACCGAUGGAGAAGAAAAAAACACGUACUUAUCAAUAAUCAUGGUACCUUGUCUAUAAAUUUCGGAAAUGUACGAUCAAAUUCAUCGAGGCCUCGCACAAAAAUUGCACACCAGUUGUAUACAUAAUUCUUUCUAUGAAAAACACCAUCGCGUAUGCUAAAAAAUUGUGCGCUAUUUUAUCAAAAUAUUAUACUCCCGUUAGCUUUCAAUACCUACGGACGUUGUGUUUUGUAUAGUGUUCAUAAAUCACAUUAACACGUAUAACAUGAUGGUGUUUAUGUUUUAUUUUAUUGUACUCAUUGUUUUAAGGUCAACUCCGGGUACGUAAUAUAUUUUAUUUGCAUCUUCGUAAAUAAUUGCCUUCUUAUAAUUGAAGCAUAUAAUCUUAAGCGACAUAUUCUGAACCCAAUUAUGGUAAUUAUCGCAAUCUGCUGUAUUUGCUAUUUUCUCACUAAAAGAUGGCCUAUUAAGAUUUACUCAUCCUUUCACAGAUUCACGAUUUCACAAUUAUUAUUAAACCGUACUGCAAAUACGCAAUUAAUUUAUUGUUAUUUUUUCAUUUGAAAAACCAAAAAAAAUAUUUAAAAUUAAAUGAAAAAUUGUUCAAUUAUUUUACAAUCGUAAACAUUUACUGCACUAGUGCAAUACAAUUAUUAUUAUUAUUUCAUUAAAAUUAUCAACAUUUACCAUUUAAAAAAAUUGAUGUUAAAUCAAACCGCUGGACGUUAAUUCUUACUGUAAAUAAAUAAUACAAAUUCAUUUGUAAAAUUAAUUUUAUAUUUUAGCAUACUCUGGUCCUACCGAGAAUCCAUCGUCUUCGCCAAAUCCGGCCGGUGACGAGCAAAUUGAUCACACUCAUUUCUUGACCGACGAAUGUCGUCGUUUCGAUCGCAAUACGUUUUUAAAAGAAGAGUUUUCGGAUGUUGUUUUAGUUGUAGGUAAUGAACGAUUCCCCGCCCAUCGUGCUGUGUUAGCCUCACGCAGUGAUUAUUUCAGUGUAUUACUUUGUAACGGUUAUACAGAAACUUAUAAAAAGGAGGUGCCAAUAAACGAAGGAUCACCAACAUCAAUUAAAGAACUUCUUAAAUAUAUUUAUUUCGGUAAAAUGAAUUUAAGUGUUCUAGAGAAUAACGUCAUUUUGGAGUUAUUAUUUCUCUCGAAUGUAUGGCGUUUUACAAACUUACAAUUUUCACUGUCCGAGUACUUAUGUAAUAACAUUAAUAUACACAAUGUAUGUUCGUUUUUGGUUGUGGCACUUUACUAUUAACACAAAGAACUCGAAGUCGCAUCAAUCAAUUUUAUUGACAUAAACGCUUUGGACGUAUUGCAAUCUGAAGAUUCUCAAUCUUUGACGCCCGAAGCAUUAAUUCUAAUUCUCAAUCGUGACACGGCGUAUGCUCAUGAAUUGGAUAUAUUCCGUGCGGUUAGUCAGUGGAUCAAAAAGAACCAAGAAAAACUGGGUCCUAACGAUAAAACCAACAUUUUAUCGGCCAUCAGAUAUCAGCUUAUGGAUAAAAAAGAACUGUCUGAAGUUUGGGGAUCUGAGCUGGUUCGUUCGUAUAAAAUUAUUUUAGAUGUCAUAAAGAAGUCCCUCACACAAACAUUAAAUUAUCGAGGACGAUUAGAACCAAAUGUGAAUUUCGCUCAAAAAGAUUCGAUAGAGCUUUCUCAAAUUGACGGCGGUACCAUGAUCAUGUUGGAUCAUCCGUCGAGUAUAAACUACAUCGAAAUGGAAAUAUGUUGUUGCACUCCCUCCUAUUACAUUGAAGUAUCAAUAGAUAAGUACAGUUGGUUUCGUGUGGUUGAUCAUUCAAAUUACGAUUGUCGGUCAAUUCAACGUUUGUGGAUUAACCGAAUAUAUGUUAGAUACAUCCGUAUUGUUGAAACCAAAAAUACUAGUAAAAAAAUUAAAUUUUUAAAAGUCAUGUACAAUACGGACAAAUUGCACUUGGUGGAAAUCAAAAACGGAUUAGUUGCUCCAAAGUACAAUGUUGCUUUAUCAUCUAUGGAUGCGAUUGUAAUCAAUGGAAUUCCAAAUACGUUUAUCAGACAUAUGGCGAAAUAUACGCCCAGUACGAUGCAAGACAGCAUUUUGAAUGAUGACUAUAAACACUACUAUAAGUAUCGUGGAUAUUUAUAUCAUUACCUGAAUAGAGGGUGUAUAGAGGUUCAACUCGCCCAACCGUAUUUGCUAAGUUCAAUGAGGAUGCUGCUUUGGGACCACAAUAACGAUACCUACGAUUACACUGUUCAUGUUUCAGUCAAUCAUAAAGAUUGGGACAUCAUUAUAGAUAAAUCCAAUAAAUCGUGCCGAUCGUGGCAGUUAUUGCAAUUUGAACAAAGGCUGGUAGUGUAUAUACGUAUUACUGGCGUUCAGACUUCAAAUGAUGACAGAUCUUUUAAUUUAGUAUAUUUGGAAGCACCCGCUCAAGUAUCGCUAGCUAGCAUCAUCACAAAACCGUGGAAGUCGAUGGUGUGGCUUUUAAAUCGGAAAUAGCGCCAACUAUUCUCCCGAAGGCCAACUUCUAUAUGGACUAAUGGGUUUUUUUUUACAUAUUAUUGUUAUAGGUUACUGUCAAU